AAACAGGGUGGGGACCCACAAAGCUGGCCUCAGGAGGGAAGAGGGCUGUGGGGAUCUGGACCAGUGAACCCUGGGAGCCAGGGUGCCUCAAUCUCUAACUGUUGAGGGGAUUUGGGCCCAGGACUCCAGGCUCUGAGGGAGGAGGGGCUGGGGGACUGGACUCCUAGGUCUGAGGGAGGAGAAGGGAACAAGGGCUUGGGCUCCUGGGUCUGGGGAAGGAGGGAGGACCAGAUCCCUCUGCCUUUCGGCUGCUGAGAUUCAGAGGGUGGGCCCAGAACUCAUUUAGCAAGACCCUGCCCAUCCCACCCCUUUCCUGGGCUGCCUCAGGUGAGGCGAGAUAUAAAAGGGCUCAGUUUCUCUGGGAGAAGGAGCAGGAGCAAGAGUUCCAGUGCCCUCAUUAUGAGCCCUGCCCUGCUGCUGGCCCUCCUGGUCGUCACCCUCACCCUGCCUCGAGUGCAGACCCUGACCUGCUUCUGGGGGUCACUGAUGGAGGUGAGGAAUGCAUCAGAACUGCCCCUCCAGUGGACAACGGGCCAGAAGAACUGUGAGGAUGGCUGGGGCUGCCAGGAACUGCUGAUGCUCAUUGAGAAUGGACCCCAUGUGAACGUGGUGAUCAUCAAGGGCUGUACCCAGGAGGCCAACCAGGAGGCCCGAGUCACCCACCACAGGACAGACCCCGGCCUCUCCAUCGCCUCCUAUACCCAUGUAUGCCGGGAAAACUUGUGCAACAGUCUGUCCACCAGCCUCCCUCUCUGGACCAUGCCCCCAACCACAGGCCUGGGGUCUCUGCGGUGUCCAGUCUGCUUAUCUGCAGAAGGCUGUCUGUCUGCACCAGAGCUGACCUGCCCUGCCGGGAGCACACACUGCUACAAUGGGGCCCUCUUGCUCAGCCGGGGGGGCCUCUCCACCCGUCUGAAAGUCCAGGGAUGCAUGACCCAAGCAGGCUGCAACCUGCUUAAUGGGACUCGGGAAAUUGGGCCCAUCUCUCUGAGGGAGACCUGUGAUCCUAAAGAUUUUCUGAUCUGUCAUCGGGGGGUCAUGUUGACAGCUUCUCAAAACCUGACUCAGAAACCUAAAGAAUGGACCACAAGUGCGGAGCAGCUGUGUGAUCUCGGGGAGGUGUGUCAGGAGACGCUUCUGCUCAUACAUGCAGGACACAGAUCACUCCUCCUGGCAAGCAAAGGCUGCAGCAAGGCCAGGACACAGGCACCCCAGGCCAUCUCCAUACACUCAAGGCCCCCCGGAGUACUCGUUGCGUCCUAUGCCCAUUUCUGCUCCUUUGACAAGUGCAACUCAGCCAGCAGCAGCAGCGUCCUGUUGAACUCCCUUCCUCGUCUAGCUGCCCCUGCUCCAGGACACCUACGGUGUCCCACCUGUGUGGGAAUAUUUGGAUCCUGCUCACCUGAUAUUGUGACCUGUCCUGAGGGUACCAGUCAUUGUUACAACGGUCACAUUGCUAUCCAAGGAGGUGGGCUAAGCUCUUCAUCAAACAUCCAAGGCUGUGUGGCCAAACCUUCCAGCUCCUUAUUGAACCAUACCCGGAAUAUUGGGGUCUUUGCUGUGACCGAGAACAGCAAUCGCAGGGAUGAGGGGGGUGAAGAUUUGAAUAAGCACAUACUCCAAAAUGGAGCUGCUCCUGCCCCCUACCUGGCUUGGAUGGUAUGGCUGGGGCUUUCCCUAGCCAUUUGGUGUGGGGGGCCCUCCCUCCUGAUCCCACUUCCCCUUGAUUCUCAGCCCUUGCUAACCCCUUAGCCCCAACCCUCCCUCCCUCUGACCUCAUAACUAAAGAGUCUUGCAUACUGAAUUACUUCUCAGUCCUCUCCACAAAUGAUCAUCCAUACACACCCCACAGACUAUAGUCCCUGAUGACAGCUCAUGGAAGGGCCUGGGAAUAGCUGAACUUGCUUUACAGGAGAGUGGACAUGCAAGCAGUGGCCACGUGUGGGAUAAUAAAGACAUUGUCCUUUCCCCAAA